GCCGUAUAUAAACCGCUUGAGGAGCGGACGAGAUAGAAAGAUCCGUGAGUGGACAACUUCUUAUUUCUGAAAGACCUCGCUAAGAAUCGGGAGACGCAAAAAAAAAAGAAAAGAAAAAAAGAACACUGAAACAAGAAACUUCAAGGUUCCGCUCCAGAGAAAUAACUGUUCCUAAACUCUUUGGCUGCUGAAAAUGGCCAUCAUGCUGAAACCCUGGACCGUAAUCGCUACUGUCCUCUUCUGCGUGCUCCUGUGUCUCGGGACAUUUGUGGACGCCUAUCCGCCCAAACCAGAGAAUCCCGGAGAUGACGCUCCUCCGGAGGAACUCGCCAAAUAUUACACCGCGCUGAGACACUACAUCAACCUCAUCACGAGACAACGGUAUGGAAAACGGGCCACCUCGGAGGAUGUGAUGGCUGAGUUGCUGUUCGGAGAUGACACAGAGCACAAACAGAGAUCAAGAUAUGAUGACUCUUAUAUGUGGUGAAGUCCAGUGACCCCCGUGUCACCUGUCUUGAUAUAAGCCCACCUGUGCCUCCCACAGAAAACCUCCAGACAACUAUAUGUGAACCAGUUACUAUCAACCUCAUCCACCUCUUUAUUAAAUACAUCCUCUAUUUUCUUUCAUCUGCACAGAACAAAUCUCAUUAACAACUGUACAUAAUAUAUUAUAAUAGGAUCUAUCAGUGGAAAUGUAUAGGCUGUGUGUAAACUUCAUUGUGUCAUGCAGAAAUGAUGAGUUUUGUUUGUACCAUGUCAAUUAUGUGAUUAAAAGUUUAUUGGUUGAA